AUGAAAACUUUGAUGCAUUACUUGUUCCUCCUCUGCUUCAAUAUCCUCCUCCCUGCAGUUCACAGCCAGUGUAUUAAAGACCAGCAACAAUCAUUGCUCCAUUUCAAGAAUAGCCUUCAAUUUCCUAGCCGUGAUUCUGUUGAUUCAUACUCAACCAAGGUUGUAUCUUGGAAUUCAAGCACCGACUGUUGUUCUUGGGUUGGUGUAACUUGCACUAGUAAUGGGCAUGUUGUUGGUCUUGACCUUAGCAGCGAAACUAUCUCUGGUGGCAUCAACAAUGCGAGCAGUCUCUUCCAUCUUCAACAUCUUCGAAGCCUCAAUCUGGCUGAUAACAAUUUUAACUAUGGCACUCUCAUUCCAUCAGCAAUCGGAAAGCUUGUGAACUUGAGGUAUCUAAAUUUAUCAUACAAUUAUGGUUACUCGGGGAAAAUUCCUAUUGAGAUUUCACGCUUGACAAGGUUGGUUGUCCUUGAUAUUUCCCAGUGCGACUCCCUUGAGGCCCCGAAUAUAAGCAUCCUGUUUCAGAACCUCACAGAGCUUGCAGAGCUGUAUUUUGACCAUGUACAUUUGUCAGCACAGAAAGCUAACUGGUCCCAAGUGAUAUCAUCUUCACUGCCAAAGCUGAGGGUGUUGAGCUUGAUUCUUACUCGUCUUUCCAGUCCUAUUGAUCAGUCUCUUGGUAAGCUUCAGUCUCUCUCCGUGAUUCGAUUGGGUCAAAACAAUAUCUCCGGUCCAAUUCCAGGAUUCUUUGCCAACUUUUCAAACCUGAGGGAGUUGGACUUGAGUUCGAACAUCAUCUCCGGUCCAAUUCCAGGAUCGUUUGCCAACUUUCCAAACCUGAGGGAGUUGGACUUGAGUUCGAACAUCAUCUCCGGUCCAAUUCCAGGAUCGUUUGCCAACUUUCCAAACCUGAGGGAGUUGGACUUGAGUUUGAACAUCAUCUCCGGUCCAAUUCCAGGAUCGUUUGCCAACUUUUCAAACUUGAGGGAGUUGGACUUGCGAUGGAGCAAUAUCUCUGGCCCAAUUCCAGGAUCCUUUGCCAACUUUUCAAACUUGGGGGUGUUGUACUUGACAGGGAACAGCAUCUCCGGUCCAAUUCCAGGAUUCUUUGCCAACUUUUCAAACCUGAGGGAGUUGGACUUGAGUUCGAACAUCAUCUCCGGUCCAAUUCCAGGAUCGUUUGCCAACUUUCCAAACCUGAGGGAGUUGGACUUGAGUUUGAACAUCAUCUCCGGUCCAAUUCCAGGAUCGUUUGCCAACUUUUCAAACUUGAGGGAGUUGGACUUGCGAUGGAGCAAUAUCUCUGGCCCAAUUCCAGGAUCCUUUGCCAACUUUUCAAACUUGGGGGUGUUGUACUUGACAGGGAACAGCAUCUCCGGUCCAAUUCCAGGAUUCUUUGCCAACUUUUCAAACCUGAGGGAGUUGGACUUGAGUUCGAACAUCAUCUCCGGUCCAAUUCCAGGAUCGAUUGCCAACUGUUCAAGCUUGACGGUGUUGGACUUGAGUUGCAAUAGCAUCUCCGGUCCAAUUGAACUAUCCUUUUCCAUCUAUUAUUCAAAAUUGGAGGAGUUGAACUUGAGUUCAAACCAACUCCAGGGGCAAAUCCCAACUUCCCCACCAUUUGCCAACUUUUUGGAUUACUCGAGAAAUAAUUUCAACUCUAUACCAUUAAACAUUGGUGAUUUCCUCAUAGAGACAGUGUUCUUCUCUCUUUCAAGCAAUAACUUGCAUGGGCUCAUUCCAGCAUCAAUAUGCAGUGCCUCAAAUCUUCAGGUUCUUGAUCUAUCCAAUAAUUCUCUGAGUGGCAUGAUUCCCCAAUGCUUGACUGCAAUGCGUCAUCUCAGUUUACUUAACUUAGCGAGAAACAACCUCGCUGGAUCUAUUUCUAAUCUUGAAGUUACUGAAAACAGUUCAUUGCAAAUUUUAGAAAUCGGUGGAAAUCAAUUAGGUGGCCAGGUUCCAAAAUCUCUAGCUAAAUGCACUAUGUUGGAGUUUUUAAACCUUGGAAACAAUAAUAUAACAGAUAGCUUUCCAUGCUUGUUGAAGAACAUUUCCACCUUGCGUGUCCUUGUUUUGCGGUCCAACAACUUUUAUGGAGGCAUUGAAUGUAUCAACACCAAUGAUACCUGGUCAGGGCUUCAAAUCAUAGACCUAGCUCACAAUAGUUUUAGUGGUGAAAUACAGGGAAUAGUUUGGAGAGCAUGGCAAGAAAUGAUGGCUACCAAAGAUGGUUCCCAGUCGAGAAUCCAUGUUGGAUCACAGAGAAUCCACGUUGGAUCACAGAUAAGCAGAUGCGUUUUACUUCCUACCUGCAUUCCGCCUAGUCGUUCUUUUGAGCAUGGUAUAAGUGCAACAAUUACCAACAAAGGGUUAGACAUGGUUCUGGUAAAUAUUAUAUAUACCUAUACCUUGAUUGACUUCUCAAGCAACAACUUCAGUGGACCAAUCCCAAAGGAAAUGGGAGAAUUCAAAUCACUACAUGCCCUUAACUUGUCCCGAAAUGCAUUCACGGGCAAAAUCCCAUCCUCAUUUGGUAACAUGCAGGCACUCGAGUCCUUGGACUUGUCACAGAACAAGCUGAGCGGGCACAUUCCAUCACAGUUGGCAGAGCUUACUUUUCUUUCGUUCUUGGAUCUCUCAUAUAAUCAAUUGGUUGGCAGGAUCCCAACCAGUAAUCAGUUUUCAACAUUUUCACCAUCCUCCUUUAUAGGUAACAAAGGACUAUGGGGGUUUCCUUCGACGGUGCAUAACAAAGCAGGAUUUCCACCACCACCAACAGUGAAUGGAAGUCCUCCAAAAUCUGGACAUCAUCAUGAGGUUAAUUGUGAUCUUAUAAUUGUCGAAAUUGGAUUUAUAUUUGGCUUUGGAGUUGCCGUUGGGUCACUUGUGUUGUGCAAGAGAUGGAGUAAGUGGUAUUACAAUGCCAUGUACAACAUCCUUCUCAAGAUAUUCCCUCAGCUGGAAGAAAGAAUUGGUAUUCAUCGAAGACAUGUUCACAUAAAUCAAAGGUGGUGGAGACGUUGA